GAGGCGGAAGUAACUCGAUAUAGGAGUGCUAGCUUGACAAGCUAUGUCUUGAAACAAAAACGUCUUAAAGUUUAUGUAAUUGGUUUUUUAUACUGUUAGCUUGAAUGCAUUCGUGAUGAUAUGGUUUCCUCAUGCUUGUUUUGAAACCACUCUGAUUAUUUCUAACUGGAUUUUGCUGGACGGAGUGUAAUUAUCCUGUAUUAACAAAGUGAAUGGACUGUAACCCACCGUGGAGCUAAAGCGGCUAACAGCAGAAAUCAAAUAAGCGUUUUUGAAGUACAAGCUCUUAAAGUUCAUGAUUUACAGCUACAAGUCGAGUCGAUAAGACUAUAAGGAGGACCACAUCGUCUAUGGACACUUCCUCUAAUCCUUGUCCAGCUGAGGUCCGAGAGACUGGGGACAGAGUGAACCCAAGAACUAAAGGCAGUAGCAAUACAGUAGAUCAAGGUUAUGUGACCGAAACUUGAAGUGAGGAUGUCUGAGAUGAAGGUUGAGACAGACGACCCCGGAGGGCUCAGUUUGGAGCCCCCCAAACCUGCAGCAUCCACGACAGAAUACGGCAAAGAUCUCAACUAUCAGACGUUGGUAAUUAAAGAAGAGGUUACCCAUGAUUGGAGCUCGAGUUUGAACCAACAGGACCAAGAUCCCUCACUCAUAAAGGAGGAAGAGGAGGAACAGUGGAUCAGUCAGGAGGAAGAGCAGCUCAUUGUGAAGAUUGAAGAUGAGGAGAAACCUCAGGUAUCUGAGCUUCAACAUAUAAAAACUGAAGACGGUAAAGAGACUGAAUCUUCAACAAGCAACACAACCGCGCAGAUGGAAAUGGAACCUUGUGGAGAGGACAGUAGAGGACCAGAACCAGACAGAAACUUAAAUUCACUUUGUUCUUUUCAACAAAGUAAGAUGAAGGUUCACAAAAGAGGUAAAAGAUCUAAACUGUGCUCCAAACUUACUGCUCAGAUUAGAGUCUAUGCAGGAGAAAGGCCAUUUGGUUGCAAUGUUUGUGGCAAAAGAUUCAAAAAUAAGACUCAUAUUCGAUUACACAUGAUGAUUCAUACUGGAAAGAGAGAAUAUUGCUGUGAUCUUUGUGGUAAAGGAUUUAAAGAAAAGCACUGCCUUCAGGUACAUAUGAGACUUCAUACCGGAGAGAGGCCAUUUGCAUGUGAUGACUGUGGUAGAAGGUUCCACGCAAAAACAAAUCUUAAAACUCACAUGAAAGUCCAUUCAGAAGAAAAACCAUUUUCCUGUGAUGUUUGUAGUACAAGAUUUAAAAGGAAGGAAACACUAAAGAAGCACACAAUGAUCCACACUGCAGAGAAAACCUUUUUUUGUAGUAUUUGUGGGAAAGGAUUUUCAUUACAAAAAAGUCUGAGGACUCACAUGUGUCUUCACACAGGAGAGAAACCAUUCGUUUGUAGUGUUUGCAGUAAAGGAUUUGCAUUACAGGAGAAUCUAAAGAGACACAUGUCUUCUCACACUGGAGAAAAACCAUUUAUUUGUGGUGUCUGCAGUAAAGGGUUUUCAUUACGGCAAAAUCUAAAGAGCCACAUGCAUGUUCACACAGGGGAGAAACCAUUUAUUUGCAGCUUUUGUAGUAAGGGAUUUUAUAGACACGGAGAUCUGAGGAGACAUAUGAGUGUUCAUACAGGGGAGAAAGCGUUCAUUUGUAGUAUUUGCAGUAAAGGAUUUUCACAACAAAUUCAUUUGAAGAAUCACAUGCGUGUUCACACAGGAGAGACGCCAUUUGUUUGUAGUGUUUGUAGUAAGGGAUUUUCACUGCAGGAGAAUCUAAAAAGACACAUGCAUGUUCACACAGGAGAAAAGCAGUUUAUUUGUGAUAUCUGCAGUAAAGGAUUUUCACAGCAAGGGACCUUAAAGAGACACAUGAGUGUUCACACUGGAGAAAAACAGUUCACUUGUAGUGUUUGUGGUAAAGGUUUUUCAAAGCAAAAUUAUCUUAAAAGCCACAUGGAGGUUCACACCGCACCAUUUAGCUGCAAUGAAUGCAGUAAACGUUUUGUGAAUGAAAUCCAGUUAGAGCGACAUGGAAGAGUCCACACUGAGGAGAGACCAUAUGGCUGUGACAUCUGUAAGAGCAGAUUUAAUCAAAAGGGUCAACUUCAGAAUCACAUGAGGGUUCAUUCAGGAGAGAAACCAUUUGUUUGUGAUGUUUGCAGUAAAGGAUUUUCGCAACAUGGAAAUCUGAAGAGACACAUGAGUGUUCAUGAAGGCUGCAAGUAAUGCUUAUGAUGGUCGACUAAUUUAAAACAAAGAAAGUGUCAAGUGAUAUAACUUAUUAUGAAAUGACUGCUUUGUGUAUUCAUACAUGUCCUUAGCACAUUAUGCUUCUACAUCAUCAAAUAAAUUCCCACAGUAGUUGUUUUUUUUAAACGGUUUUCUUCUGCUUGGAUCAGCUUCAGUUCAAAUUUCGAAAUAUUUGAGGCAACCUAAUCCGUUUAUAGAUGCAUCAGGAUAUGGAUUAUUUUGAUGUUAAUUGCUAACCUAACACGCUGAUCAAAACAAAGUUCUGCUGUGAGCAGAGUGACAGCAUUCAGCGGAGCCACUGAGAGCUAAGCAGCAAAAGGGAAAAGUGAAGAGACGACUCUCUCUCUCUCUCUCCCACUUUCUAUUUCUGUGUCUCAUAUGGUGUGCUCGCUCCGCUUUUAGCCCCGCCCCUUUUAAUGAAUAGCUCUUAAGAGACGGCUCUAAGAGUCGAAACAUUCACGACUGACCGAUCACUGCUUUAAAGGUUUCCAUUUAAAGGUAAAUGGAAGCACACAUAUUCACACUAGGUGAAAAUGUACAGACAGAAAAGUAAGAAUACUGGACUGUAUAGAAAGGACAAAUUUGCAACAUACAGAAAAUAAUACUGUACAGUUAUUACAAAUAUUAUGCUUAGAUUAAAAUAAAUGUGCAAAUGAGUAUGAGUCAAAAAUGGUCAAAAGCUACACUACAGUUAAAAUAAUCUGGAGAUUUUCCCCUCAAUGUCUUGGGGGGGUAGAGAAGGAACAAAAAAAUCUCUAACAAGCUCCAAAAUACAAUCUGUGUUACACAACUUAAGUUAUAUGGUCCUGAAUGCUUAUUUAUUAUUGCAGCACAUUUCUUCUCAUUCGUUAGUAGGAUAAAUAGUGUGAUAUUGUAUGAUAUGUCUGAUAUUUGUUAGUUAUUUUUGUUCCUGUUAUGAUUAGAUUAUAAUGUCUAUUUUGGUUUGUUAUAAAUAAAUGAAAACUUAAGAUUCCA